CUUCUUCCGUAUAAAUUAUGUGGAAUAUAAAACAACUCAAUCCCGGUUAGAUUUUAUUAAGGACCGGAGGACAAAAUGUAUACAGUUUUCUUUCUAGCCGCAGUAUCUGCCUCAUUAAUUCUUGGAACAUUUCAGCAGUGUUGCGUUCCUACUCAGCUACAGACAUUUGCAGACGGACUGACAUCAUUAUCUGAAAAUCGAACAGGCCCUUCUUUACGAGUGCACAAUGAAACAUACGAUGCUUUGAAAAAGCGAAGAGCCUUCCAGUAUUAUGGUGCUCAAAAAGGCGAAAACUUCAAUAUCAUAUAUGAUUAUAAAACUAAUACAUCAUACAAAUGGACGAAAGAGGAAUGUGUCGUGUCUUAUGCUGGUCAAUUUACUGAAUAUUGCUUCUCAGGUGGAAAAUUAGUUAGAAAGACGUUUAUGGGUGUUUAUCCUGAUAUCAUUGAACUGGAAACGUACCUGAUUCACAUGUACGGCCAUCUGUAUUUGAUAACUCUUGGCAAGAAUUGUACGCCUGUCGAAGUGGUACAGAUGGACUCAAAACCGUCAAACAAUGGUGAAACCACUAUGUGGAUUUAUUAUAACAUGACUAUUGGUAUUAAAGAUGAAUCGGUUUUCAUUCCGCCAAAAAUGUGCUUUAAAAAUGGAUCCUUGGCAAGAAAACCGCUCAAACUUCCUAAUCAUCGACCACCUGCUCUCUUUGAUGCUUUACAUGGAAACUAAAUUUUGAAAUACCGUUUAAUUUUAUUUUUAAACAAAUCAUAUUUCUCUCUUUAUUUAUUUUUUCCUCAUUAUUAAUGUAUGUAUCAAUAUUUUUUUUACGUUUUUUACUGAUAUUUACUAAAGAUGACUUUUACGCAGAAUUAACAAAACUUCCACUGAUAACAAUGAAAAACCAAUAUUAUAUGUUGAAGACCUUCGAUUGUAGUGUUAUUUUCACGCUCAAAAAAGUUAGUUAAUGUCAUUGAACACUUUUUUAAAACUUAUGAAAAACCCUUAAAAUUUUACACUAUCAUGAAGAUUUUCUUAAUUUUGAAAAUAUUACAAAAUUAUUUAACUUUUCAAAAAUUGAAGUACAGUUAAUCAUUGGCAGUGGCUCGAGAAAGAUCCAAAGCAUUAUCAAACCCCUACCCGAUUUUGAUUUCGAAAAAAAAAAAUUAAUAAUGGUUUUAAACGUUACAUAACGAUCCGAAUUUGAAAACUCAAAUCCUGUAAAUAACAUUCUCAAUGCGAUUUGUUUUUCUUAUAUUUUAUUUCGUAUUAAAUUGUAUGAUGAAUGUCUGUAACAUCUUACAUGUUCAACAAUUAUUAAAUGUUUUCCUUAGCAAGCAUAAGUAAGUAAAAUUAAGACAAACAAUCCAAAAAAGAAGCAUGUCUCAGAAAAAUUACCACAUCAAAUAUAUUUGCACAAUUUCAUAAACUAUAAGCAAAUUAAAGGGUUGUGAAAUUCUGUUCAGUUUCACCUGCAUAAUAUUUCAGUUGUAUAUUUAAGGUGUAGUGUACCUCCUUCUUUUAAUUUUUUUUUCUUUUUAAUUUUUUUUAUAAUGACUUUCAUUAAAGUCAAUAUUAAUAGAUUCAAUUAAUGUGAGCGAUGUCUAAUGAUGAUAUGAAAACAAUAGACAUAGUAAAUAGAAAAAGCAAACUUUUACAUUUGCAGAAUAAAAUUGUUAUUUACACUGUCAAUUCAUAGUACAAAACAUAGUUAUGCUUUUUAGUUCAUAAUAGCACGUUGUUGUAAAGGUCUGGAACCAAAAUGUCUUCAAUCAGCAAGAGUUAUCAUUCUUUAUCCAAACUAUUAAAUGUUUUACAUACAGUACAUGAUAAAAUGCCAUAGUUUCUAAUUAUUCAGAAAGGUUUUUUUUUUAAUUUGAAGAAGAUAAUAGUAAACUAGAUCCACAUGUUAGAGAAAUGCUUAAAAUGCAAAUCAGAUCGAUUUGUUAUAACAAUACA